CCGCUUCUCUUCCCAGGCAUUGGCUGCGGGGCGGAGAUGGACGCGUGCUUUCCGGCGCCGCUCGGGGACCCGCCUCUGCUCCGGCUCUAGAGGGAUCGGGGGCUCCGGCCGCGUCGGGGGCUGAAGGAAGAGCGUCGCCGCCGCCGCCGCCGCCAUGAAUAUCCGGAAUGCGAGGCCCGAGGACCUGAUGAACAUGCAACACUGCAAUCUCCUUUGCUUGCCAGAGAACUAUCAAAUGAAAUAUUACUUCUAUCAUGGACUCUCCUGGCCCCAGCUCUCCUACAUUGCUGAGGAUGAGAAUGGUAAGAUUGUGGGCUACGUGCUGGCUAAAAUGGAAGAAGACCCUGAUGAUGUUCCCCAUGGUCAUAUCACAUCUUUGGCGGUCAAGCGUUCCCACCGACGUCUUGGCCUGGCCCAAAAGCUGAUGGACCAGGCUUCACGGGCCAUGAUUGAGAACUUCAACGCCAAGUAUGUCUCCCUGCACGUACGCAAGAGUAACCGAGCAGCGCUGCACCUCUACUCCAACACUCUCAAUUUCCAGAUCAGUGAAGUGGAGCCCAAAUACUACGCCGAUGGGGAAGAUGCGUACGCCAUGAAGCGCGACUUGACACAGAUGGCGGAGGAGCUGCGGAGGCAGGUGGACCUGAAAGAGAAGAGCAAGCACUCUGUCCUGGGCUCCAUUGAGAACAAGAGUGGGGACCACAAGGCCAACCACGUUGGCGAAUGCUGCCGGGAUGAGAAGUGCCCUGGGACCGUGGUGGGCACUGGGCCUGGGGCUGAAGACAGCGGCGACAGCAAAGAUGUCAGUGAGGUCAGCGAGGCCACAGAGAGCACAGAUGUCAAGGACAGCUCAGAGGCCUCUGACUCGGCCUCCUAGCAAGGGCUUUCGCCAGGCCACUCACUGUCCAGCCCUUGAAGGAUCUGUGUCUUUGCUUGCAGGUGUAAGGUACCUAUGGGGGGUUUGGAAAUAAAAGUUUAUGGAACCAGAGGGGUGCGUG